GUGCUGCUGGUCAACCUCCAUCGGUUUCUCUUUUCUAUAUUGUUGAUACACCAAAUAUUGAGGCUCAACAAAUCAUCAGCAACAUUAUUUCUGGAUUGCAUCGAACUUAUUUACAAAGAAAUGUACCUUCUUUAGGAAGAGUCUAUAGCAUAUAUGCAGAUCGAAAAGAUAAAUUUAAAGUUACUGAAUUUUCAACCGUUUUUCAAU